UAUACACUUACUAAAACGAAAACUGAAAUGUCCCAUUUCCGAUGCACAAAUUUCGAGAUAAUGAAAAAAUUAUUAACGAUUAUUAAAUAUUCGUUUUACAUCGUGAAUUCAGGACAAUUGACGAUUGAUAAGAAAAUUAAUGCGCGAAAAAAUCAUAUAGCGAUCAUUUUAUAUUUGUUUUGUAUUGAAAAACGAAGGAGUCGUAUCUAGGGAUAGAAAGCAGGUAUUGAGUGAAUAUCGCGUUAAUAUAUUUUUAAAGCAUCUCCUUCGUAGUUCGAUAAGUGAUAUCGAAUUUAAACCACCAAUUGAUGGCUUGCCGCAAAACGAAAGACAUUUUUUCUCACAACCCCCUGUUCUCAUCCCCAGGGCGGCAUAUAUUUCCAUAGUUCUAUUUUAUCAAAUUCAACGCAUACUCCCUUUUUAUAUUUUUUUAACAUUUAAAUGAUCCUAAUCGGAUGAAUAGACGAAAUUAUAUGUAAAGAGAGAGAGAAAAAAAGAAAAAAAUAAGAGAGAGAGAGAAAGAGAGAUAAACCUAACCAAAGAAAGAAUGUCAUUUUUAUUGGCAACUUCGCAUCUCGGCGGCUACCUGACGAAUGGAAAGGAACAGGAAGAUUUUCUGUAUUCGGAUGAAGAGGAUGGAGAAAAUUACGAUUUCAAGUACAUAUCUGGAAAUCAAUUCAAGUACAUAAUAAAAGACGUGCAAAGACGAAGAUGUAGAGACGAGGAGGAACGCGCAUGGCGUAGAUUUGUAAAAGAAGAAGAAUUAAACGGUAAUAUAAGCACUCACGAGUAUGGCAGGGAAGACAGAGAAUUAAGAAGAUUGGAGGAAGAUGCACUUCCGGAAUAUAAAUUAGGAUCUUAUAUGGAAGGCAGUAAAAGGAAUGAUCAUAAGUCGAUUUAUCCGACAGAAGAACAUAGAGAGGAAAGUUUUACAAAUAAAAUAACAAAAACAGAAAGCAGUGAUACCAUUACUAUCGACAUGGAUCGGUCAAUCUUAAGAGAAGACGUGUUGCCAUAUAAGAGACUUGUAAGAUCUAAACGAUCAUCAGAUCUGAGAAGAACUUCCUCCGACAUUGUACAAAGCAAACAUUGCACAAAACAAAACGUAAUAUGCAAUUAUGAAUGUAACUCCACUCCAGAAUUGAGCAUAGAUUAUGAAAGCGAUAAAGAAGAUAAUAUUUCUGUGCAACCAGAUCCGGUGACUGCGCAUAGAAUUGCAAUAAUGCAGCAAAGAAUUUCUGAAUUGUUAGAUGAAAUCUCGUUCAGAUUAGACAGAAUUCCACUGCCCGAUGGCGACAUAGAUUUGAAAAGAAGGCAACAACGAGUUAUGGAAUUUUGUAUAAGACUAUCGAGAAAUUAUUUAUACGAUCUUAACAGAUAUGUCAGUGACAUACAGAAACAUAUGCGCGCCAUUUCACCAUCUGCAAAGAUAAAAUCUGGUCGUAGAGGCAUUACGUUUCACAUGCAGAUUAUUGAACAAAAAUUGAUAUCUUCUCAUCAGUUGUUAUUGCAUGGAUUAACUGCUUAUUGUAGACAUAUUCCUUGUUCAAUUCCGCAAGGACAUUCUAAAAAGAUCAAAGAAUUAUUGAAGGUAGUGACCGAUUUGAAAGAUAUCUGUGAUCAUAUUCAAUUGACCAGAAAUUAUUUUGGCUCUGGAGAUACCUGUACGUUACCACUGGAAAAAGAGACACAGGCCAAGUGUAACGCUAUUUUGUCCAAGUUGAAACUAAGUUCAGGAACUGAAUCGCAAUUGGAUGAUUACAAUAUAGUUUCAAAUGUAAUUAUACCAUCAAAUGUACCGCGGACGAAAAAUCGUUUUAAACGUAAGAAUUUGGAAUCUCGAUUGAGAAUGUACAAUAAUAUAGAAGCUAAAACUUACAAGAGCAAUUUUAAAGGGAAAUCCUCAGCAUGUCAUAUAAAGGAUAAAAAAAUUAAUACGCGUCAUAAUAAAAUUAUUUAUAACGAACAUUUGUCUGUACCGCAACAACCAAAUUCUAGUCCAAUUACAAAUGCAUUUUCUAAAGAGAUUAUCCAAGAAGACGACGCAAAAUACAAAAUAUCCUUGAAGGAAGAUGAUAUCAAGACAAUAAUGGGUACAGUCCCGGUAGAUUCUGACGAUGAUACCAACUUGGAAGUACAAUCCAAGCGUGCCAAUAGAUUAGUUUUAUCGAAAAAGGCUAAGAUCAUGAAAGACUCACCUAAUAAAUCGUUGUAUAAUAUAAAAUUUUGUAAAGGCGAGGUGAGACAUGAUAAAAGAAAAAGUAAUCGUACAAAUCUUUAUAACGAUUCAAUGAAUAAGAAAAAUUAUACAGCAACUUCCGACGAAGUAUUGUUUGAAUUUCUUCCAAAGUAUCAAUCUUUUCAGGAUUAUAAUGAUAAAGAUGUUUCAAAUGUUGAUUUCACAAGUCGUAUACCUAAAAAACAUUCAAAGAGCAGAAGAGAAAUCAGUAAGGAUAGAAAAAACAUGGACUUGAUUUGUCUUUCAUCUUUGGAUAACAUAUCCAACGAGCAUACAUGUUGUAAUGCUAUGAGUCACUUGGACAAUCAUAAAAGUCAGAAUAGUCUCGUCCAAUUAAAUAUCUCUAAAGAAACUGAAGCCAAAUUUUUGAGAUAUAGAAUCGAAUACUAUCAUUUAUUUAAAUCUAACCCGAUGUAUUCUAACGAUACACAAAAUAAGCCAUGGAAUAUUGUGGCAUGGAUUUCAGAUAAACUUGUGGAUGAAUUAAUCAAUGAAAUCGCAAAGGAACUGGAAAUGCAAGAUGUAAUCCAAAAAAUGUAUCAACUAGAAUUUAAAGAAUUUUAAUACACACACACACACACACACACACAUACACGCUCACGCACAUAUAUAUUUACGGAUGAUAACAAAAAAGAAUCAUAUUUAUUUGAAAAGCACAAAAAUUUGGAAUGUUUUUACACGUACGUUACUUUUAUAAAUAAAACGUUGAUAUUUUAAAUAGUA